AUGAAGGCUCUCCAUAAAAAUAUUUGGAGACCUGUAGCAAACAUAAAUGGGAGGAGGUGUUAGAGUGUCAUGUGAUAAAUGUUACAUGGUUGGAAGGAGAGACUGAUGACUUUGAAUACCAUGGAGUGCUACAACCCCCAAACAAAAACCAUGCAUAGACAUGUCCUUGUCAUGGCUGUAUUAUCAGGCCCCAUGUAUGCAGUAAGAGGCUAUAAAGGCUGGAGGUAUCUUAAUGCAGUGGAGAGAUGGGACCCUUAUGUUUGCCAGUGGAAUUUUGUUGCCCCUAUAUCCACCCCCAGGAGCACAGUAGGUGUGGCAGUACUGAGUGAAAAACUUUAUGUACUUGGUGGUCAUUAUGGGAUUUCUUAUCUCAAACCAGUAGAAUGCUUUGAUCCUCAUUUUACGAAUUGGGCACUGUGUGCACAGAUAGAUGUCAAAAGGAAAGGUGGCAUGGAAGUAACAACCAGGAAUGGAUUGCUGUAUGAUAUUGGAAGACAUGAUGCUUGUGCAUCCAAAAUGACUUCCAGACUCUCAGACUGUGUGGAAAGAUAG